AUGGACCCUAGUGAACAAGAUGCUCUUAAUAGGAUUGAGAAAUCCGUCUACAGAACUGCCUUCAAAUUAAGAUCCAUGCAAACUCUUUGCCAGCUGGACUUGGUGGACAGCUCCUUGAUUCAGCAAGUUCUAUUGCGUGGACGAUUCGGGGAAGGCAUGGAGACCUCCCUUUCCAUGCAGCAGCUUUUUCAGGAGCUCCAGGAGCUGUUUCAGAGAACCGGGAUGGGAAACGCAACACAAGUGCAUUCAAGAGCUCCUGAACUCACUCUGAGUCUUCUCGCAGCCAUGUAUGACAGCACGGGAUCGGGCAUUCUCAAGCUUCGGCCUGUGGCUGCUGCACUGGUUGCCCUCUCCGGGGACAGCCCUCUUACGAAGUACAGAGCUUUUUUUCAGCUCUACGCAGAAAACAACAGGAGAGGUGAUGAUUCCCGAGCCCGCAUGACUCGGAGGGUCUUGAGAGCCUUACUAACAGAUCUACAGCAGAUCCCAACUGUCGUGGGAGAGAGCUGCGCUUUGUGUCCCGUGGAAAGUGCUAUCCACAGUUGCUUCCGAGGGGUGUUGAGUACUGGAAUCAAGGAAGAGAAAUUCUUGUCUUGGGUACAGUCUGAGCCUCUUAUCCUUCUGUGGCUCCCAACCUGCUACCGACUGUCUGCCUCAGGAACCGUCACUCACCCCGUGCGGUGCAGUGUAUGCAAAACCUUCCCAAUCAUAGGACUGAGAUACCGCUGUCUGAAGUGUCUCAACUUUGACAUCUGCCAGCUGUGUUUUGUAUCUGGUCUCCACAGCAAAUCCCACCAGAAGUCACACACAAUGAUGGAGGACUGUGUCCAGAUAUCAGCAAAGGAGAACACAAAGCUCCUCCUCAGGAGCCUCAGAAACAGCCUGCCCCAGAGACGUGACAGGAUAGGAGCCCGGGGAAGACAGUGGCUGCUGGACCAGCUGGCUCCAAGUGACACAGCUACCCACGCACAGGCCAGGCUCCUUAGAAAACAGUUAAAUAGAUACAAACACAAAUUGCAAGGCACAUACACCUUACAAAAGGCCCAGAACUGCAUAUUUGAAAGGAAGAUCCGGGAGCUCGCAACCAACCAGGAUAAGCUAUGGACCAAGCUACAGCAGAUGAGACAAGACCUACAGGCUAUAUUGCGCCCACACUGUCCUUCAUCUUCAUCUCAAAACACGGCCUCCAAGAUUGAUGAUUCUUUACACGGUGAUGGGCUAUGGAGAGUAGGAGACUCUUCCCACAUCAAGAGUGUCAUUAGGUACGGUCCGGAAUUGGAACUUCUCCCUAACUCUGCCAAGGCUGACAGAAAUCACAAACGUCAAACAAGUUCAGGGAAAGAUCUGCCGGACUCUGAACCCCCAGAAACCAUUUUGCAAAGCCCCAGGACACAAGGCCACCCACAAAAGAUGCUAAAGGAACUCCGUACUGCCCCAUCUGCCUGCCAGGAGGGACUGCAGGACAAUCCCCAGAUUCCUCCUGCUGAUGCCAGAAGCUCUGCUGUGGCACCUUCCACAGAGAAAGAGACAAACCAUGUCAGUGAAAGGAGGAACAACCUGCAUGAACAGGAGCUGCAAACGCUGUUGUCCAGACUCCUGGAUGCCUUCGACCUAGACACGCCAUCAGGUCCGCAGCCUUCAGUGGACAUGGAGCUGUACAGUAGAGCUGAGCAGGUGUGCAGGGCUUUCUCUGCCCUUGUGGAUCAAAUCACCUUACCCAGCUUGGAGUGAAAAGGCAUCCAGACUAAAAGGCCACUUGGUGUAAAUGACAAAACCUUUAUUCAAAAUUCAACUUUAAAAGAAUUAAGCCUU